AUGCAGAGACGUCCGGCAAAAGGCCUCGCCCACAUAUCGCCACCCCUGCAGCCUGCCCGCAUGGGCUCUGACCCAGAGAAGGCCCCAUCGCGCCUUCACCAGAAAACAUUUGGGCUCACGAAUCGCAUAUGGCUCAUUCUAGUCUUCUUUCUUGCUGUCGUUCUGUUCACGAGGUCUGUGCUGCCCUCUGAUCAGUCCACUCCGCGACAUCGACUGCUCUACGGCGACCUGAAGCCGAAGAACUACCUCAACGUCUCCGCUAACGAACCCGUGCCGUUCUCCUUCUGCCCAGCCCUUGGUCCUGGUGAUGAACUCGCAACGAAGUACGACCCUAUCACUCUUUCGAAAACACGGUUCCACUUGGGAAGUGGUGCUCGCGUCCAGCGCGUCAUUAAUAAAGCUCUCUCGGGUCUUCCUGUAACGAUCAGUGUCAUAGGUGGUUCUGUGUCCGCAUGUCACGGAGCAGGCGAUGACCCGCUUUCACCGACAUGCUAUCCUUCGCGGUUCUUCAACUGGUGGAAUGGUGUCUUUCCGCAUCCCGAAUCCGAGCUCACAAACGGCGCUUUGCGCCGGACUACCUCGGCGUACUUCGGGUUUUGCAAUGCACACCACAUCCCAGAUGUCACAGACCUGGUCAUUGUCGAGCUCGACGUUGACGAUGCCAAUGCCUCGAUCUCGAUGGAAGAAUUUGAGCUACUCAUUCGGUCCAUCUUGAUUCGACCAGACCAGCCAGCGGUCAUUAUUCUAGGACACUUCAGCCCACAAAUCGGUCUCACGGCUGGCUUUGGAGGGACAGACCACUGGCACAGCUUGGUCGCGCAAUUUUACGACGUCCCAUACAUCAGCAUCAAGCCUCUGUUGUACCCGAGCUUCAUGGCUGACCCCUCUUCAAUAGACCGGUACUUCGCAGACCCGAUCCUCGCAAACGGCGCGGGUCACGAGCUCAUUGCCGAUGUGCUCGUCUCGUACUUCCAGACGCAGAUUUGCGGCGCAUGGGCUGCGCUGACCGGGACCACGUACGAACUCCUCCCCGCACCUGCGGCGCCGCUUCUCUUGGACAGCGACGCGAAGCAGCCGACUGACGCACGCGGGCUCUUCGGCGGCAUCGCGGAUCGCAAAGGCGCAGUGGGCGCGUUCGCACCGGACGACCCAGACCAUGGCGGCGCCGCGGACGCUCGCCUUGUCGUACCCGACGCCAAAGCGAACUCACACGCGAACGGCAAGCUGCUCGCAAAUCCACUUUUGCGUGUGCCUACGACGCGCAUCAGCACCCGCCCGGUGGACCUCCAGACGCACCCGUUCGUCGAGAUCGCACCCUACUGCGUGUCCGCGAAUGACCUUAUCAACCCGCUGCCGCUCUCGCAAUUCGCGGGCUCCGGCUGGGCGGCGUACCACCCGCGCCCCGGAUCGGCGGACCUCUCAUCGCAUGCGCACUACUUCUACUCGACCCUGCCUACGAGUAAGCUCCGCGUGAGUAUACAGGUCUUUGCGGGCGAUGUGGGCGUGUACUAUGUGAAAGAGCCCACGACGCAGGUAGGCCUGGGCAGCGCGGUAGAGUGCUGGGUGGAUGACAACUACUCCGGCGCGGUCUCCAUCGAGAACGCUGCGCAAGUCGGCGAAUCUACCCCUGCACUGGAGCUGAUCGACCACCGCGUGUCACGCGGGUCGCACUUUGUUGAGUGCCAGCUGAUGGGCGAGGAGGACGACCGUAAUGUUCCCCCGUUCAAAAUCAUUGGCAUCUUCGCGACGUAG